ACCUAAAUGAAGGGAACAGGAAGUGCGUCAUAGCGCGCGUCUGUUUGGAUGUGGGAGGCGAUACCUGAAACUGGGGGGUGAUCUCUGAGGAGAUGGAUCGGUACCUGCUGCUGGUGAUCUGGGGGGAAGGAAAAUUCCCGUCGGCGGCCAGUAGGGAGGCAGAACAUGGGCCAGAGGUGUCGUCGGGUGAGGGUACUGAGAAGCAGCCGGACUUCACUGCAGCAAAUGUUUAUCACCUCUUGAAAAAAAGCAUUAGUGCUUCAAUUAAUCCAGAAGAUAGUACUUUCCCUGCCUGUUCAGUGGGUGGUGUACCUGGUUCCAAGAAGUGGUUCUUUGCAGUGCAGGCAAUAUAUGGAUUUUAUCAGUUUUGUAGUUCUGAUUGGCAAGAGAUACAUUUUGAUACAGAAAAAGAUAAAAUUGAAGAUGUUCUUCAAACAAAUAUCGAAGAAUGUUUGAGUGCUGUUGAGUGUUUUGAAGAAGAAGAUAGUAAUAGCAGGGAAUCAUUAUCCUUGGCUGAUCUCUAUGAAGAAGCUGCAGAAAAUUUGCAUCAGUUAUCAGACAAGCUUCCUGCUCCUGGUAGAGCAAUGGUAGAUAUAAUAUUAUUGCCUUCUGACAGAGAUCCUCCUAAAUUGAAAGACUGUUUACCUACUGUAGGAGCAUUAAAACAUUUGACAGAAUGGUAUUCAGCAAAGAUCACUAUAGCAGGAAAUCAUUGUGAAAUAAACUGUCAGAAAAUUGCAGAAUACCUUUCUGCUAAUGUUGUAUCUUUAGAAGAUCUCAGAAAUGUUGUUGACUCAAAGGAAUUAUGGAGGGGAAAAAUACAGAUAUGGGAAAGAAAGUUUGGAUUUGAAAUUAGUUUUCCUGAAUUUUGUUUAAAGGGAGUCACACCUGAGAAUUUUAGUACAUCUAACUUAAAUGCUGACUUCCUUGCCAAAAAGAUAAUACCGUCAAAGGAUAAGAAUAUUUUGCCAAAGGUUUUCCAUUAUUAUGGCCCUGCUUUAGAAUUUGUGCAGAUGAUAAAAUUAUCAGAUCUACCCUCCUGCUAUAUGUCGGACAUUGAAUUUGAGUUAGGAUUGACAAACAGUACCAAACAGAAUUCUGUGUUACUGUUGGAGCAGAUUUCUUCUCUGUGUAGCAAGGUUGGUGCUCUUUUUGUAUUGCCAUGUACCAUUAGUAACAUACUUAUUCCACCUCCCAACCAACUCAGUUCAAGAAAAUGGAAGGAAUAUAUAGCUAAAAAGCCUAAAACCAUCAGUGUUCCAGAUGUUGAAGUGAAAGGAGAGUGUUCAAGCUAUUAUCUCUUGUUACAAGGUAAUGGCAAUAGAAGAUGUAAAGCCACGUUGAUUCACUCAGCCAACCAGAUCAAUGGCUCAUUUGCACUCAGUUUAAUUCAUGGAAAGAUGAAAACAAAGACAGAAGAAGCCAAAUUGAGUUUUCCUUUUGACUUGUUAUCACUUCCACAUUUUUCUGGGGAGCAGAUUGUACAAAGAGAGAAACAGUUAGCUAAUGUUCAAGUUUUAGCUUUGAAAGAAUGCCUAAAAAGGAGAAAGUUGGCAAAACAGCCUGAAACCGUUUCUGUUGCUGAACUCAAAAGCCUGUUAGUACUCACAAGGAAACACUUUUUAGAUCAUUUUGAUGCUGUGAUUCCUAAAAUGAUUCCAAGAAAGAUGGACAAAAUUAAAACCUUCAAUAUAUUAAAUGAUUUUAGUCCAGUGGAACCUAAUUCCUCAAGUCUAAUGGAAACCAAUCCUCUGGAAUGGCCAGAAAGGCAUGUUCUUCAAAAUUUGGAAACUUUUGAAAAAACGAAACAAAAAAUGAGAAGUGGUUCAUUACCUCAUUCAUCUGAACAGUUGCUGGGCCACAAAGAGGGUCCUCGGGACUCAAUCACAUUAUUGGAUGCUAAAGAACUGCUGAAGUACUUUACCUCAGAUGGAUUACCCGUUGGAGAUCUUCAGCCUUUACCCAUUCAAAAGGGGGAAAAGACUUUUGUUUUGACACCAGAACUUAGUCCUGGGAAACUUCAGAUCUUACCUUUUGAGAAAGCCUCAGUAUGUCAUUAUCAUGGAAUUGAGUAUUGUUUGGACGACCGAAAAGCUUUGGAAAGAGAUGGAGGAUUUUCUGAACUUCAGUCUCGUCUUAUUCGUUAUGAAACUCAAACCACCUGCACCAGAGAAAGUUUUCCAGUACCUACUGUGUUGAGCCCUCUUCCAUCUCCUGCAGUUUCGUCAGAACCUGGAAGUGUCCCUGACGGAGAAGUUUUACAAAAUGAACUUCGAACCGAAGUAUCCCGAUUGAAACGGAGAUCUAAAGAUCUGAAUUGUCUUUAUCCCAGAAAAAGACUUGUGAAAUCUGAAAGUUCAGAGUCUCUUCUUUCUCAGACAAGUGGUAACAGUAAUCACCAUCAUCAUCAUGUGACAUCCAGAAAGCCACAAACAGAGCGGUCCUUACCAGUGACUUGUCCAUUGGUUCCAGUUCCUAGCUGUGAAACUCCAAAACUUGCUAUAAAGACCAGCUCAGGUCAAAAAAGUGUGCAUGAAUCAAAAACAUCAAGGCAAAUUAAGGAAUCAAGAUCACAGAAACACACACGGAUACUGAAAGAAGUCGUUACUGAAACCCUGAAGAAACACAGUAUUAGCGAGACCCAUGAAUGUUUCACUGCAUGCAGCCAGCGUCUCUUUGAAAUCUCUAAGUUCUAUCUAAAGGAUCUUAAAACUUCAAGGGGUCUAUUUGAAGAAAUGAAGAAAACAGCAAACAACAAUGCUCUACAGGCCCUGAUCCAAGCCAAGGCAGAAUCACAGCCGUGAGAGCAGGAGUGUCUCCACCUCUGAGAUCAGAGUCAGCGGAGGGGCUUUGUCCAUGGGAUGCCUUUUCCUGACCACGCUGCCAACAGGCAAUGGAUGGUCUGAUUGUGUGUCAGUUUCCUAUCCUGCCUCUUGUCCCCAUAGGGCUUUCUUAUUUUUCACCAUCUCCCGCCUCUACCCAGCUCUUCUUGCUGUGACACUGAGCAAUGUUCCGUCUAUGGACUCUUACACUCUUCCAAGAAAAAGCCUCAUUUAUGUACAAGGAAAAAAAUAAUAGAGAAUAAAAGUUCAAAAGAGAGGUUCCUGCGGCUUUUCUGUUAUCAUUCAAAUGUGAUUCCAUACUCUCCUUGGACAUGGUUUAGUCAUUUUAAUGAGGUAUUAGAGUUGCUUCCCCCAGUGAAAUCAAAUUUAGUGUAAUUUAGAGGACUGUAGGUGACAUGAUAAUUGAUUUCUGGUCACACAUUCAAAUAGUUCUAUUAUUCAGGAUUUUAUAGACAGGUUAAAUAUAUUAUUCAUCAUAUCGGAACAUUAGUCAUAAAAAAGAACCUUUUUUAAAAGGGAAUUUUGAAAUGCACAGUUAAGAAGUUCAUGUAAUCUAGAAGGGUAUUAAGGUCAUACCCAUCAUCCCUAGUCCCAUUUCUCAGCAGUAACUGAUAGUAAGAGGCCUUUUUAAAUGUAUCUUUCCAGACAUUUUAAUACAUGUACAGGCAUAUUAUAUGUGUCCAUUGUUUCUCAACUAAUCAGGCCCAAACACCCCUUCUAUAAGCAGUACUUUUAAUGUCUCCUUCGCUGUCACAAGGUGGGAUUCAUAAAUAAUGGUCUUAGGCCAAGUUUCCUAGAAAGCAAAAUCUGAGGCAAGGAUUUGUGCUGCUGCUUUAUUUGGGAGACACAGAGAUGAUGAAAAAAGCGGGGGAAAGGCAGGGAAGGCAGGAAAGCAAGGCAAGGUGACAUUAGUGCUCAUGAGGCCCAGAGAGACACAGUCAACCACUAAGUCAGCAUCUUCUCAGCCACAUGGGAUGUCUCUCAGGAUAGAGGGUGUACAGAGAAAGCAUGCCUCACACAAGUACAUAAAAAGAGGAAGAAGAGGCCGGGUGCAGUGGGUCACGCCUGUAAUGUCAUUACUUUGGGAGGCCG